AUGGCUAUUCGGGAAGAUCUCGUGGCCUCUGCUCCUCUCCACGCGCCUGCCCUUGCUGACCCUGUUGCAGUUCUGCAGGAUCCCAAUGUCGCCUCCUCUUCGGUUGAAAAUAGAGUCGGCUUUCUACGAUCAAAAAACUUGACGGCAGAGGAAAUUGACCAUGCCCUCGCUCGCACCGGCGCAGGCCCGUCGCCUGGGGUUCCAGGACCAUACCCGCCACAGGGCUCUCCCCAACCAUACUACUCGCCAUACCAGCAGCAGGCAUGGCAACCACAACCCCCGCCUCGACGCGACUGGAGGGAUUGGUUCAUCAUGGCCACACUUGUGGGCAGUGUGAGCUACGGUGUUUACACUCUUGGCAAACGCUAUGUAUAUCCCCUGAUAGCCCCUCCCACUCCGGAGAAGCUGGAACAGGAUAAAAAGUCCAUUGAGGAUCAGUUUGAGCGAGCGUUCGUACUGGUGGAGCAACUCGCCAAGGAUACCGAGGAACUCAAGCAGACUGAGAAGCUACGAACAGAGAAGCUCGAUGCUGCUCUGGCAGAGCUUGAGACGGUCAUGUCAGACCUCAAGACGGCGAACCGACGACGAGACGAUGAUGCCCAGCGUAUCCGCGAAGACAUCCAAGGCCUCAAGGACGCGAUUCCCAAGGCCAUGGAAAGCCAAAAGACUCAGGCCGACAACCGUCUGUACGAGAUCAACACUGAGCUGACGAGCCUCAAGACUCUCGUUUCUCAACGCAUGACCGCUGGGAGCAGCUCAGCCAGCGGCUACUCGCGACCGGGCGCAUCGUCAACUCCCGCCGCGGCCGUUCCUGUCCCCGCCGUCGCCGCCACGCCCAAGCCUGCGACAGUGUCUGACCCCGCCGCUACCAGCACCGAGUCCGGCAGCACCGAAAAGGCUGCCGAACCCGUCAAAGCCGCCGAGUCUUCGAGAACCCCGUCACAGACCCCAUUCAACAAGGGCUCCGGCAAGGCAUCCAUCCCUGCCUGGCAGAUGGCCAUGGCUAACAAGAAUGUCGCUGGAUCCUCCACAGCCGCGAGCGGAAGCAACACUGGCGAGGGUGCUUCCAGCAGCUCAUAA